AUGGCCUGGACCCUCGUCAUCAUGGCUCUGAAUGUUGGCUGUUGUUGGAAAGGGCUCCUCCUGAUCUUUUUCCUCCUCGUCUGUGUCAAUGGACAAACAGCAAGGCCAUCUUUCAUGGUGAUGUUUCCUGUAGUGAUUGAGUCGGGAUCUGAGGCCAAACUUUGUGCAAGUCUUCUGAAUCCCAAUGAAAGCCUCGUCAUGAACAUUUACCUGAAUCAUGGGAGCCAGAGCACAUUACUGCUGCAGGAGAAAGCUGAGCAAGAGUUUCACCGCUGCUUUAACUUCAAGGCUCCACUAGCAGAAGCAGAAUCAGUGCAGAAAAUCAAGGUUGAACUUCAGGGAGAGUCCUUCAAGAUGACUGAGGAGAGAAAAGUCAUGUUCAAAUCUUACGAUCCUCUGACCUUUAUCCAGACUGAUAAACCCAUCUAUAUUCCUGGACAGACUGUUAACUUCAGAGUUGUUACCCUGGAUAAAAACUUUGCACCACUUGAUCAGCAGUAUAGUUCAGUCGUGCUUGAGGACAGUCGUGAUAACAGGAUUGCCCAAUGGACAAAUGUUUCCUCAACAAGGUGGAUUUUGCAGCGUUCAUAUGAACUAAACCCAGAAUGUCGUGAAGGCUCAUACCAGCUGAAGGCUUUCAUUGGGGAAAGGAUGAUCUCACAUUAUUUUAAGGUGAAAAAAUAUGUUUUGCCUAAGUUUGAAGUUACAGUAAAAAGACCAAAUAAAGUGAGUGUUGAUGAAGAGGAAUUGUUAAUUAAGGUUUGCGCAAAAUACACGUAUGGACAGCCUGUUCCUGGUAAAUCAUGGGUGAAAGUGUGCCGUAAUUAUUUGCCCUACAUUGAUACCAUAGAUUUCAAUCCUUUGUGUUCAGAGGAAACCACUGAGAUAACAAAGACUGGCUGUGCCAUCCAUAACUUCAGUUUAUCAGUCUUUUUGAACUCCACACUAAAGGAGAGACUAAUGAAUGCUCUUCAUGUUGAGGCAGUGGUUACAGAAGAAGGAACAGAGAUCACCAUGACAAAAUCUGAAUCUGUACCUCUCACUUAUGAAAUUGGCAAAGUCACAGUUAUUGACCUGCCCAAAACAUAUGAACAUGGAUCAGUCAUCGAGGGAAAAAUCAAACUUUCCGAUUUUAAAGAUGCUCCAAUUCCAAACAAAGAGGUUUAUCUUUUAGAGGGUGAAAACUGGUCCUCAAAACUGCUCCUAAAUCUCACUACAGACAGUGAUGGACUGGCCAGCUUCUCUCUUAACACAUCUAGUCUUUCUAAAAAAGACAUUUCUCUGAUUGCAAACGUUUUUCCAGAUACCCGUUUUCGUGAGUACAAAACACCUCACUUCUCUAGAGAUAAAAAAACAGUUAAGCUCUUCCAGAUCGCUGAUUCAUACUCCUCAACAUUAAGUGAACUGAUUAUAGAGAAUAUUGAGCAGCCAAUAAAGUGUGGCACUGAGAUUACAGCCACUGUCAAGUAUUAUUUUGUUGGAGAGACUGUUAAAGACUUCAAUACUGACAUUGUCUAUAUGGUUUUGUCCAGAGGAGUGAUCAUUCAUCAUGGAUAUGAGAAGGUUGAAGUGAAGUCUUCUUUUUAUGGAGUAGCAAGUGGCACAAUGUCCUUCAAACUGUCUGUUGGUGCAGAUGUGGCUCCUGUAAUGCAGAUUCUGGCGUACUGUGUUCUGCCCAGUGAAAAUAUUGUUGCUGCUAGCAAAAGACUAGACACUGAAAAAUGUUUUGGUAAUAAGGUUUCUCUGCAGUUUUCUCCUGCUAAAGCAGUUCCUGGUGAGAAAAACACUCUCCAGCUUUCAGCUCAGCCUGGUUCACUGUGUGGCCUCAGUGCUGUAGAUCAGAGCAUCUUGAUCCUGGAGUCAGGAAAACGUCUGGAUGCUGACAAGAUCUUCAACCUGCUGCCAUUUCAGUAUGUGUAUUAUCCUUAUAGUGCUGAAGAUGAGCAGCCGUGUCUACAUGUGAGACCCCGUCGAAAUGUGCUGGCAGACAUGGUCUAUGGAACCUUAAAGAGUUUGGGGCUGAAAAUGGCUUCAAAUUUGGCUGUGCGAGUCCCUGAUUGUCUGUCAUUCAGAGGCUUGACUUAUCACAGAUUCAGAGAUAUAGUGAUGUAUGACACCUCUGGUCGAGUGGGUAUGGGGUCUUCAAUAGAAAGUUCUACUAUUGAUAAUCCGGCAGUGACAAUUCGGACGGUCUUUCCAGAAACAUGGAUCUGGGACCUUGCUGAAGUGGGAGACUCUGGAUCAGCUGAGGUUCCUGUCACAGUUCCUGACACCAUCACCUCUUGGGAGACGGAGGCCUUCUGUCUGUCCUCCACAGGUCUGGGAUUGGCUCCUCCUGCUCAGCUGACAGUUUUCCAGCCCUUCUUCCUGGAGCUCUCUCUGCCUUACUCCAUCAUCCGUGGGGAGAUCUUUGAGCUCAAGGCCACUGUCUUCAACUAUCUGUCCAAGUGCAUCAUGGUUAAAGUGAGUCCAGCUCCUUCCUCAGACUACACUCUCAAAGCCUCCUCUGAUGAUCAGUAUUCAUCCUGUCUCUGUGCUAAUGGAAGAAAAAUCUUUAAAUGGAUCCUCACUCCUUCUGUUCUUGGAGUGGUGAAUAUUACAGUCAGUGCAGAGGCAGAGGCGUCCCAGACUAUGUGUGAUAAUGAGAUUGUGAGUGUGCCAGAGAGAGGACGCAUUGACAUCGUCACACGAAGUCUGCUUGUACAGGCUGAAGGAACUGAAAAGACAGAGACCAACAGCUGGUUACUGUGUCCAAAGGGUGACAGUCUCUCAGAAGAAGUAGAUCUGACUCUUCCUAAAGAUGUGAUAGAGGGAUCAGCAAAAUCCUCAGUUUCAGUCAUUGGAGACAUAUUGGGUCGAGCGCUGCAGAAUCUUCAUGGAUUAUUACGGAUGCCGUACGGCUGUGGAGAACAAAACAUGGCUGUUCUUUCUCCUAAUAUUUACAUUCUGCAGUAUCUGGAGAACACAAAGCAGCUCACAUCAGCCAUCCGAGAGAAAGCCAGCAGCUUCCUUAAGAGUGGAUACCAGAGACAACUGAACUACAUGGAUUCUGAUGGGGCAUACAGCACAUUUGGUUAUGGUGAUGGGAAUACAUGGUUGACUGCCUUUGUCCUGAGGUCUUUUGGCAAAGCUCAGAAAUACACAUUUAUUGAUCCACAAAUUAUUCAGAGUGCAAAGGAUUGGUUAAUACGCAGACGGGAUUCAGAUGGCUGUUUUAUCCAACAGGGAAGACUGUUUAACAACAGAAUGAAGGGUGGAGUGAAUGAUAAAGUUACAAUGACGGCCUACAUUACUGCAUCACUGCUUGAACUGGAAACUCCAGUCACAGAUCCUGUCAUCACUAAAGGUUUGUCAUGCUUGAGCUCCGUCAUUGAGGACGUCAAAAACACUUACACCACUGCUCUGCUGGCCUACACUUUCAGUCUGGCUAGAGACACCAACACUCGACAGCAGCUUUUCAACAAACUGGAGGAUCUUGCUAUUUCAGAGGGUCCUCUUGUCCACUGGUCUCAGUCUGCAUCUGCUGAUGACUCUGAUUCUCUGGAUGUGGAGAUCAGUUCAUAUGUGCUGCUAGCUGUUCUCACUGCAGAUUCACUCACUACAGCUGAUCUGGGCUUUGCUAACAGGAUUGUCAGCUGGCUUGUGAAGCAGCAGAAUGCCUAUGGAGGAUUCUCCUCCACACAGGACACAGUGGUGGCUCUUCAGGCUCUGUCUUUGUACGCCACCAAAGUGUUCAGCUCUGACGGCUCCAGCACAGUGACUGUACAGUCAGCAGGAGACUCUCACAGCUUUGAUGUCAAUCAAGACAACAAGUUACUGUACCAGGAGAAGCAGCUGGCCAAUGUGCCAGGAAAAUACAGCAUUGAAGUCAAGGGCUCAGCCUGUGUGUCUGUGCAGAUGGCUCAGUUCUACAACAUUCCCACUCAUACUGAAGCUAAAACAUUGAGUAUUGAAGCCAAGAUUGAGGGAGACUGCAAGAAAAGCUUUGGACAAAAUCUAUUGUUAAAUUUCACUGUGACAUAUGAUGGUCCACAGGCCAAAACUAACAUGGUGAUUGUGGACAUUAAACUCUUAUCAGGAUUCACAGCUGAUACGUCCAUGGUCUUAAAACUCAAGCGGCAGUCAGAUACCUCACCUGUGGAGCGGAUUGAUUCCAAAGAUAAUCAUGUCCUUGUGUAUCUGAAAGAGGUUUCAAAAACAGACCCAGUGAAUCUCCAGAUUGGACUGAAUCAGAUUAUUCAAGUGAAGAAUCUUAAGCCAGCUGUUAUUAAAGUGUAUGAUUACUACCAGACAAGUGAUCAGUCAGAGAUGGAGUACUCGUCCCACUGUAAAUGAAGAUUCAGGCUUUAUUUCUGCAACUUGGAUGAAGAUGCUGAAAACUGACUAAAUGUUUAUUGCUACGUUGGUUGCCUCUCAAUCAGCACCCUAGCUCCUUGCUUGGUUCACUAUACAUUGGAACACACAGAGUGUGACAUGAAAUUGUACUCAUACACCAUCAAAACUGGAAUUGAGAUACAACAGCAUAACUAAUACUUUUUAGAUAUUAUUUUUCUAAGAUUUUAAAAGUACAAUUUAGCUAAAUAAUUUGACUGUUUUAUAUACCAGCAACAUUUCAAUCAUUAAACAUUUAUACAUUUGUGCUUGAUUGUUCCUAUCCUGUCCAGCUAUGUUCAUUCAUGUAAAAAUAUGUUGCAUUGUGGAACUUUUCAGAGUGUGAACACUUCAAUUUGCUUUAAACAUUUUGUGAUUAGGACAGCACUUAAAAUGGCUGACACCCUGAUCAGUGCACUGACUACAAAACAAGGUGCUGAGUGAGAUGAGCCUUACAUUUUUAGAAGUAGUUUUUCUUUAUCCUGAGCAAAGUAAUUUCCAACUAAGUAUCUAAAUGUACAACAUAUGCAAAUGCAUGUAAACAUAUCGCUUUAAAUGCAAAUUAUUAAAAGUGUUUACAAAAACAA